AUGGAUCAGCGUCACUUCCUCCAUCACCACUACCACCACCCCCAGGACCACCGAACCACCCGUUACACUUCUUUCAACCCUCAAUCGCACCACCAUCACCACCACCAUAACAACCUCCCUCCACCGCCGCCUCCCCCGCCGCCCCUCCCCUACCACCGGACCCUCCACACGCCUACACCGCCGCAACCUUACACUCCUCCCACACCCCAACCCCAACAACAACAGCAACAACAACAAUUCUCAUUCAACCACCACACACCUCUCCCACAUCGCUCCCUCGAAGACGAUUCACGUCCUAUCUCCUACGACCUCCUCCCUCGCCGCACCACCACCAACCCCUGGAACCCUAACCCUAGAAAUGACGAUUUUGACCGCGAAUUCCACCACCACCGCCCUCCGCCGCCGGCUCCCUCGAUCGAAACCCUACGCUACGAUCCUGGGCGCCGUGAACGCCUCAUGGUGGAUCCCUACGAAAAGAACCCCAUGGAGCCACUUGCGAGGGGCGGCGGAAACUACCACGGGCCUAGCCAGGGCGACGAAGAGUCAGCACCCUACGUGCGCGUGUACAGCGUGGAAUGCGAUGCUGACGUGGCGGGUAGAGGCUCCCGGGUCGAGAGCAAAAGGUGGGUGAUGAGUGAACGAGAGAGGGGAAGAGAGUUGCACGAGUCUUCUCCUAAUUUACUGAACAAUGGUAGUAACAGUGACAAGUAUUAUCAUGGUCCUGAUAGUGUGGUUAGGUAUAGUAGAGGGAAUAGUAGAGAGUGUGGUCAUGAAUUUGCACGCACUCCUCCUAAGAAACAGGUGCAGAAAAAAAGUGCUCUUCUCAGGCUUCAGACUAUUAAACCUAAUCAUAGGAACCGCGAAGUUGAGCAGUUACGGUACCCCGGUUAUGGUCCUGAGGGUAGCAAUGGCUUUUUCAGGGGUAAGGAGCAAUAUUUGGGUCAUGGGGUGAAGGAGGAAGAGAGAGAGGGGAGUCCUGUUGAGAUUGAUAUCUCUUUUGAGUCCAAUUCUCUGGUGGCUAAGGCGGUGCCGCCUUCUAGUUCAGUGUCUGUUCCUGAUUUGAAUGUGACGCCGGUUUUGGAUUCGGAUUUGGGUUCUGGAGAGAAGAGUAAAAGGGUUUUGGGCUCUGAUGGCUAUUGUUCUGGUUUGCAGCAACCGUUUAGAAUGUCUUCGGUUGUUGUUGUGGAUUUAAAUAAGUCUCCUUUCAAAGGGAAUGAUAAGUCUGGUUUGGGAAAGGAGGCUAGUGUGCAGAAGAAUGUUGAGUAUAGUUCUUCUCGGUCUCGCGCCAGGGAGGUUGAUGAUUCUCGUGGAAAAAAUGUGGUGCCAAAUUCGGUUAAAGUUGGCAAUGUUUGUUCCGGUAAAUCGACUACGAGGGUUGUCAAGAAGAAGAAAAUUGUCAAGAGAGUGGUGAAGAAAGCUACUGCAAACUCUAAGGCAUCUGUAUCAAAUUCACUACCGACAAAAAGUCUUCCUGGAACUGUGAAAGUGGUGAGUGCUGCACUGAGUUCGUCAAAUACCUCUGUUACUGCGAAAAUUGAAGCUAAUUCAGAUGAGAAAAGAAAUAUUGUUAAUGAGGUAGCUGGGCCAGACUGUUUGCACUCUUUGCCAAAGGAAGGUAAUGUAUUGAAAGAAGAUAAAGAGGGAGGUUUACUGCAGCAGAGUUUCAGGCCAGAUUCCAGGUCGCAAGGGUGUAAGACUGACAAAGAUUCUGAUAAUAGAGAAGUAUGCAAGUCUGAAAUUGAAAGAGAUGGUAACAUUCCAAAUUUUCCAUCAUGUGCCUCUAGUAGUGAAGAUAAGAAGAGUGAUUCAGAUUGUUUAGAUGCAACUAAUAAUGUCCUUGAUAAUGGAAAUAUUAUUUCUGUCCAUGAUAAUGCAAAUUCUUCCGAUUGUUUAGAUGCAAAUAAUUAUGUUGCAUAUAGUGUUACUAAAUCCUUAGGUGAGCGUACUAUUUCUGAAGUCAAUCACAUGGAUUGUGAUAAUAAGCAAUUGUUCCAGAAUGAAGUGUCUCUGUCACUUGGGAAAUAUUCAAAUUUACAAUCCCCACGGAAUAGCAAUCUUGUAGAUGUAGGGAAUGAACUAUAUAAAAGCAGUGAUACCUUUUCAAGUUCAAGAAAAACUAGCAUUCAAGAUGGUCUAGAUUGCCUACAACAUGCCAGUGCACUGAAGCACAGUUCUGAUAACGGAUCAUCUAAUUUAGAAGAUAACAUUAGUGCUCACUGUUCUAGUAUCAUCCAUGAUGCAGGAAAGCAGGUGUCCCGUGGUGAUGUCACCAUACACCCUGAGAAUUGUGAGACAGGAGAAACAUUCCUAAAUUCUAAUAUUUUAGCUGGAUCUGGUGAAGGGGACACAGAGAAGAUGAAGAGAAAACCUAGAACGCAAUUAAAUUUUUUGAGUUCAGAGAUAGAGUGCUUAUACCCAGAUCAUCUAAAUCCAUUUAGCCUUGCAAAUAUUGUGGAUGGAGGCUCAAGUCUAUUGUUGAAUGAUCCAUCUGCUUCUGAAGUUUUAGAUCAAUCUGUUCAAAACGAUUUUGACUCAAUAACUGGUCUGGAUGGGGUUUCUGCUUUACAUGGGAAAGGUUUUUCUUUGAAGACUCAGUUUUAUGCUGCAAAUAACAACAAUGAUGAUGCAAAUGAGAUUUCACCAGCUUCUAAAAGGAAAAAAGUCACAGCUAACCCAAAUUUCACUCAAUGUCAAUCAAAAAUCAGUGCUGUGAUUGUGCCUACCACCACAUGUAAUGGUGAAGCUCCCGCCAGAUUCAAUCAUAACCAAGAACAUCAGAAAGAAGUUGCUUUGUCAAGCAUCGGUAUGUGUAUUCCGUCUACUGCUCAGUCAAUACCUUAUUCAGAGGAUAUUACUACAAUGUCUGACAAUAUUUUGAGUGGAGGAUCUUUUGAAUAUACUGAUGCAAAUAGGGAAACCACUAGUUCCGAGCAUUUGGAAUUACAACACUCAGAUAAAGUUUCUUUUUCACCAAGUCACGACUUGGCAUUUUCAAACGAUCAGUUCUCACCAUUGGAAGGUGAGUGCAAAGGAAACAUUACUCCAGCUGUGCCUGUGAGUUGUACUCAAACUGAUGUUUUGUGUGUUGGAAAUAUAAUGGGAGAAAAGACUAAUUUUCAGGCCGUUGAGGAAAAUAACCAAUAUAGGGACUUUGUGCAAAGGUCACCAAGAGCUGAUAUGGAACCUAAUGAUCUCAAUAUGAAGAAUGAUUUGCUUGCUCAGCAGAUCCUUGUGUCUUGCCCCGCAAGUGGUGAUGAAGUCACCACUAGUAAUUCAAAUGACGAAUUGAUUGUGGAUGCACCUGGUGCAUUAUCAGAUAUCUUUUCUCAAGAGAUGGCAUCUGAAGUACCGGAUAGAAGGAUUUUAGAAUUUACAGCAAUCAAUGAUGAAAAUAUUUGUGGGAUUGAAGAAAAUACUUCAUUAGUGCAGCAGACUAAACAAAAUAUUAAGUCAGAUCGUGCAAUUGGACACAGAAAUAUGAUGACAAAGAAAACAAUUUCAGAGCCAUCACAAGUUUCUUCCAAAGUUACAACUCAAGCUCUAAAUUCAUAUAGUUUUGGCUUGAGUGGGACAAAAAAUCAGUCAGGUAGUGUCAUUCCCAAAACUUUUCCAGGUCAUUCUUUCACCUUUUCAAAGUCAAAGACAAAGACAUCUGCCUCUUCAGCUCAUGUAUCAAAGCCUCGAACAUGGCAUCGGGCAGGUAAUAAUCCUCCCACUUCUCUACCUAGAAUCUAUUCAGUAGGAACAGUUCCUCCCAAAAGGCCAAUUCUAGAAAGGAAAGGGAACUUUCAAAAUACCUCUUAUGUUCGUAAAGGUAACAGUCUUGUAAGGAAACCUACUGCAGUUCCUGCUCUACCUAAAAUCUUCUCUAUUAAUCAGUCAUCUUCUUCGGGCUUAGAUGAAAUAUCAAAAAGCACUAAAUCUGAAAGCAGGGCUGAGGUGACAGAUCAACCAAUGUACAUGAGAACAGGAGCAACAUAUUCUCAGCAAAGGCAGAGAACACCUCCACUACCAAUUGACACCAAAUCAGAUGAAAAUACAUCUUCCUCAUUGGUAGAACCUCCUUCUGGUGGUUCCAGUGAAAAUGCAUCAUAUCCUAGGACAUUUGUAGAAAUUAAUAAUAAUGCCCGGAACUCUUCUGAAGAUGCACUGAAGCAUUAUGAAACUCCACAAAACCAACCUGGUCCAUCUGAUAAUGGGGAGAGUCAAGUUGAAGCAAACAAUGGGAAUCCUUUUUCUUUGAAUACAAAGAGAAUAGUUUAUAUCAAGCCCAAAACAAAUCAAUUGGUUGCAAAAUCAAAUUCUUGUGAUGUUUCUGUCUCCACUGAUGACAAUGGCCAAACUGCUUUUUCCGACGGCUACUACAAGAGAAGAAAAAAUCAGUUGGUUAGGACUACAUUUGAUAGCCAUACCAAUCAGGCUGUUGCAAUACCUAAUAAUAGCAUGGCAAAUUCUGAAGAACAAGGAACUAGUAAUGCUCUUUGCAAUAGGAGGUUUAGUAAGAGGCGGUUACAUAAGGGUAUGCGUGAAGAACUUAUUAUAUUGCCUAAUUUAUCUAUGUUUUUUAGUCACCCAUGCUUGUAUGAGUCUAUGGCUGAGUUUUAUCAUAAUUUGACAGCAUGCAACUUAAAAAGGAUGUGA